AUGUAUUGUCGGCAAGUCGAUGUUGAUCUUCGUGGACUCGCUGUAUAUGGCCACGAUGAGACUGGUAUAAAUAAUAAUGCCCCAAAUGAUGUGCAAUAUAAGCCAUAUACUAUGCUUAUUAUUGUGGUCGAUCGCGUCAUGUUAAUAACAGUUGGUUUGAAGAAACGCCUAAUUAAAGAGCACAAGGGGUUCUUAUCCUGCUUUGAGGAUCCAUUUUUUGGUCUCAUCUCUAAACUCUACAUUGUUUGUCAAUUAUUUGCUGCAGCACCGAUAUUGGAUACUCCACACCCCUGUGCCUAUAUCGCAGAGAGGAUUCAUGAUUUCGGCACCGAUCUCGGUGAAGAAACCGGUAUMCUGGCUAUAAGUUUGAUAGCAAAUCGUAGACUACAUUGCCUUGAGCGUUUUCUCUGGGUCGCCAUAGUGCUCGCGUGCACAUUCGCCGCCUUACGUUUAAGUGGCGUUCAAGUGAGACGUUACUUACAUUCGCCGACUGUYAUAUCAGUGGAACGAGAUUAUCGCGGUUGGCAUGGUCCGCUGCCAGCAGUUACGCUUUGCUAUUACGAUCAUAUAGAUUCAUUCAAAGCGAAUGAGUAUAUACAGGAUAACUGGAAUAUUUCCAUUGUGGAUAAUGAUUAUUUCUACUUUAUGGAUUUUCUCUAUGCCGUGGUUAAUGCGACGGCUAGUAAUUAUGCGGAUCUAGCGCGUUUCGCAGAAGAUGAACGUUUCGAUAAUGUGGAUCUGGCRAAAUUGGUGCAUGCGAUCGAUAAACCUUUCGAACAAACUUUGACUAGCUUUGACAAGAAAAAUUCAACAAUACAAAUAAGACCAGUGAUGACAGAGCGUGGAUACUGUUAUGCCAUAAAUUCACCCAUGUCGGAAAUCUUAGCUGGGAGAAAUAUUGAGUACAAGGAUGUUAUUCAACCACUUACCUGCGAGUAUGGCAAGCAGCUGUGUUUCAUCAAAAUGGACUUAUACGAAAGUACAGGAACGGUCGAUAUCCAUUCACCAUUUGAGGUUUCCGCAAGCGAUGUGAAUAUUAUAGCCUUACACAAAUCGGAUGAGAUUACCGCUUCCUUUAAAGUGCUCGAAACAGUCGCGUCGAAUAAUUUGCGUGAUCUACAAGUAGACCAAAGGAAGUGUGUGUUUUACGACGAAGAGACAUCACAACUAAAGGUUUACAGCAAAACCCUUUGUUUAGUGCGUUGUCGCGCAGUUAUGGCUCUKGAAAUGUGUAACUGUGUACCGUUCUUCUAUGCUUUUGUGGAGGGUCCCAGUUGUAAUCCUGCCGGAUUCGAGUGUCUGCUCGAUUUCAAAUGGCCCAUUUGGGCMUUGCAUAUUUGCAAGUGUCCAAGUACAUGUACAGAAAUCGAAUACACUGUACAGACAGUGAAAAAGAGCUAUUGGGGCGUUAAAAUGAAUGAUGAAAUCGCCAUCACAGAUGUGGCUACAUCCAGCUUCCGUUGGGAUGUUAUACCGCCGAAAGUGCGUAUGAGACGUGAUGUAGUCUUUAGUUUUGAAGACUUACUAGUCUCAUUUGGCGGCACUUUGGCGCUGUUCUUUGGUUUUAGUCAAAUAUCUGUSGUUCGUAUUGGCUAUGUGCUCGCCUAUCACAUGAUAAUGGCAAUUGUGGAGUUACUACRUAGCUUAAGAAAUGUCUGUGGAAAAAGUUUAUACAAUUUUAAACGAAAGCGAAAUGGAAAUCAAAUUUUACUGGUACAGGAAAAGUUAAAGACUCCUUUUCGUUUGGUUAAAAAGCGUCAGCAGUUGAUCGCGUUACAUGAGAGUUUGUCAAAARAUGAUAAUCUCAGUAGUGCCAGUGAUUGUAAUGGUCCAACUGAUGGUAGUAUUGAUAAACCCGAAUUCGAGUAUCUAAACUGA